ACUCCGAUAGCCGACGCAUACACAUCGCCAAUUUCGCUCUGGGCAUUUUCUCGCAUGCAAAUUGCAAAAAGUGCGUGCAUUUUCCGCAUUUUCCCGCGCGCACAACACUCCGGCAGCCGUGAAAUUGAUGCCCCCAGUUGUGGACGAGCAGUAGGCAUGGAGGAGGAUUAUUCGGCGUCAUCUUCGGCCGGCGGCGGCAAGAAGGCCGGCGUGGGCAAGCAGCACAACACGCUGCCUUUCUGGGGCAACGAGACCUCGAUGAACCUCAACCCCCUGAUCCUGGCCAACAUCCAGAGCUCCAGCUACUUCAAAGUCCACUUGUUCAAGCUGAAAACGUACCACGAAGUGGUCGACGAGAUCUACUACCAGGUGAAGCACAUGGAGCCCUGGGAGCGCGGAUCCCGCAAAACGUCCGGACAGACGGGCAUGUGCGGCGGUGUGCGCGGCGUUGGCGCCGGCGGCAUCGUGUCCACGGCAUACUGCCUGCUCUACAAGCUCUACACGCUGCGGCUGACCCGGAAGCAGAUCAACGGACUGCUCAACCACACAGACUCGGCCUACAUCCGGGCACUAGGCUUUAUGUACUUGCGAUACACGCAACCACCGAGUGACCUGUACGACUGGUAUGAGGACUAUCUGCAGGACGAGGAGGAGAUCGACGUGAAGGCGGGCGGCGGCCAGGUUCUAACCAUCGGCCAGAUGGUCUACCAGUUUAUGACCAAGCUGGACUGGUUCUCCACGCUGUUUCCGCGCAUCCCCGUGCCGAUUCAGAAGCAGAUUGAGAAGAAGAUCGAGCAAUAUUGUAGGGAGCAGGGUGUGACUGUCAACCAGCUGAGUACGGGCCGGGCGGCGACGGGACAGGGCGCUGGCGGUGGCCAAGGAGCCGCUGGGCAGGAUGCCGACUACCAGGAGUACCAGGAGGCAGGCGCGGGCAUGGAUCGCGGAGGCGGUGGCGGUCGUGGCGGCAGUCAUGCCAUGGCGGGCUCUGGCUCUCGACCCAAUGCCUACCUGCCACCGAUGAACUACCGCAAUGAUCAUGACGAUCGUGACUACUAUGCCGCCGCCUCGGGUUCGUCCUAUGCCCGUGGUCGCGGCGGCUACGAGGAUUACCCACCGGCCCCACUGCCGCCACAGAUGCCUUACGGUGCCGGCGGCGAGCGGGAAAGGGAGAGAGACCGGGUGCGGGAUAAGGAGAAGGACUACGACCGCCACCGCAGCAAGCACAAAAAGAAGCACAAGCACAGACAAAGCUCGCGCAGUCGCAGCAGAAGCCGCAGCCGGAGUCGCCACCGAUCCGAAAGGAGAGAUCGCAAGCGAGAUGGCGGCGGAGGUGGCUACGAGCGGAGCAGCAAGAGCAGACACAACGAACACUAUGAGGAGCGGGAGCGACGCCAUCGGUAGAGACCGAUUCCACCCACCAAACAUGCCCACUCGUUCAGUUGUUCUACUACUAACUUACUUUGUUUCCGCCAUACUGCAACACGUUUUUUUUAUUUGUCAACUCCUAUCUACUCUUUCGAAGCCGCCGUCGUCAGUUACGCUUCUUACUCAGGUUAAACACUCCCCGAAAGCCCUAAAUAUCCCACAACUAACACUAAAACUAGACUAAAUCACACUCAGACACAGCAGCAAGGCUAUAUUUUGUAAUUGUGACUACACUUAUGCUGGUAAAAUAGUUUCCAAGUUGUGUUUAUGCAAAUAAAGUCAAAAUAAUCUGUUUUUAA